AUGGCAUCCAUAUCACCCUCCCCGUCCCGCUCCGCCCUUAGGAACAAGGCACACCGAUAUCGCAUGCUCGCCCACCUACUCUCCAUACUAGACCGAUACCUUUCGUGGCCACUUCCCCCAGGACCAAGCGUCGGAAUUGCUAUUCCGUCCACAGUCAGCAAAGCCCCGGGAUCAAUCCAACUCUACUUCUUCACCGCACCCUCAAACCCCCUCUAUCCUCGCAAGCAAACCAAGCCAUGCCCACCCCGUCCCGUCCUCAUCAACUUCCACGGCGGAGGCUUCUCCAUCGGCCAUGCUCGUGAUGAUGCCCGCUGGGCCGGUACCGUGGUAAAUGCCUACCCAGAUGCUGUGGUAAUAAGCGUUAAUUACCGUCUAGCCCCGGAGCAACCCUUCCCCGUCGCAUUAGAGGACGGCGUCGGUGCUAUACUAUGGCUAUGGCAAGAAGCAAAGAAGUACAAUCUUGACAAAACGCGCUUCGUGCUCAGCGGAGCCAGCGCAGGCGGGAACCUCGCUCUAGCAAUGCCAUUCAGACUGCACGAUGAACUACAGAAAAAGCGCUGGGCGUCGAUACGCGGGGAGGUAGCGUUGGCUGGUUUGGUAGUAUUCUACGCCGGCACCGACUGGACACGAACGCGGAAAGAGCGUGACGCUACAAAUCCUAUCGCCCCACAAAAAUCCAUGAUUUCUCCUUCUUUAUUCAAGUUCUUCGACGAUUCCUAUCUUCUCGCUGCGGGUUUACCGAUACGGCCGGGGACGGGCCGGGUGGAUAUGUCGCAUCCUUAUCUUUCGCCUGGUCUGGCACCUGCAUCUCUGUUGCAUGCGGCGUAUCCGCCUGCUGUGGCAAUCUAUACUUGUGGGUGGGAUCAAUUGCUUGUUGAAGGAAAUACGUUCCGGGAAAGACUUGGUGGGUUCGUUGAAGACGGGAAGAUGGCGAGUAUAGGCGGGUUUGUGAUUGAGGAUGCUGUUCACGGAUUUGAUAAAAAGCCCUCUUUCUGGAAGGGGAAUCAGGUGCGUGAAAGGAUGUACGGGGAUGCUAUUAAACAACUGAAGGUGAUGUGGAAGAUGGAUUGA